GUCCCCCCCGGGGACCCCCCGAGGACACCCAGAACCCCCCCCCGGGGACACCCAGGGACCCCCGCGGACACCCCCCGACCCCGUGCCACCCCCGGAGUCCCCACCCCACCCCGGAUAUCCCUCCGUGGGACCACCCCCCACGCCAGGGACCACCCCUGGGGACACCCCCGGGCCGCCACCCCCUGUCCCCGGUGCCGGUGUCCCCCUGUCCCCGGUGCCGGUGUCCCCCUGUCCCCGGUGCCGGUGUCGCCGCCCGUGUCCCCUCCAUGGAGAACUUCCAGAAGGUGGAGAAGAUCGGCGAGGGCACCUACGGCGUGGUCUACAAGGCCCGCAACAAGGUGACAGGAGAGGUGGUGGCGCUCAAGAAGAUCCGCCUGGACACGGAGACCGAGGGUGUCCCCAGCACGGCCAUCAGGGAGAUCUCGCUGCUCAAGGAGCUCAACCACCCCAACAUCGUCAAGCUCCUGGAUGUCAUCCACACGGAGAACAAGCUGUACCUGGUGUUCGAGUUCCUGCACCAGGACCUCAAGAAGUUCAUGGACUCCUCGUCCCUCAGCGGGAUCGCGCUGCCGCUCAUCAAGAGUUACCUGUUCCAGCUGCUGCAGGGCCUGGCCUUCUGCCACGCCCACCGGGUGCUGCACCGGGACCUGAAGCCGCAGAACCUGCUCAUCAACGCCGAGGGCUCCAUCAAGCUGGCCGACUUCGGGCUGGCCCGCGCCUUCGGGGUGCCCGUGCGCACCUACACGCACGAGGUGGUGACCCUGUGGUACCGCGCCCCCGAGAUCCUGCUGGGCUGCAAAUAUUACAGCACGGCCGUGGACAUCUGGAGCCUGGGCUGCAUCUUCGCCGAGAUGAUCACGCGCCGGGCGCUGUUCCCCGGUGACUCCGAGAUCGACCAGCUGUUCCGCAUUUUCCGCACGCUGGGCACGCCGGACGAGGCCGCCUGGCCGGGGGUGUCGGCGCUGCCCGACUACAAAGCCACCUUCCCCCGCUGGGCGCGCCAGGACCUGGCCAAGGUGCUGCCCCCGCUGGACGACGAGGGCCGCAAGCUCCUGGCGCAAAUGCUGCACUACGACCCCAACAAGCGAAUCUCGGCCAAGGCCGCCCUGGGCCACCCCUUCUUCCGGGACGUCACCAGAGCUGUCCCCCACCUGCGCCUCUGACCCCAAAAACGGCCCCAAAACCCCCCAAAAACAACCCCAAAAUAUCCCCAAAACCCCCCAAAUAUCCCCAAAACCUUCAAAAACGACCCCAAAAUCCCCAAAAAUUACCCCGAACCCCCCAAAAAUGACCCUAAAACCCCCAAAAUAUCCCCAAAACCUUCAAAAAUGACCCCAAAAUCCCCCAAAAAAACCCCAAACACCCCAAAAAUGGCCCCACAACCUUCAAAAAUUACCCCAAAACGGCCCCAAAACCCCCCAAAUAUCCCCAAAACCUUCAAAAUAUCCCCAAAACCUUCAAAAAUUACCCCAAAACAGCCCCAAAGCCCCCCAAAAACAACCCCAAAAUAU